CAGGAGGUUGGAAAGUUAACAAAGUUUUUAAGACAGUUUUUAAUUUUAUUUUGAGAAUUCCAGGCUAAGAACAAAAGCAAAGGUGGAAUAUUUUUUUAAAUUUUAGUUUACAAAGUGAUUCAGAAGUGAUUAGAAGAACGAGGGUAUUGCAAGAUCCAAGAUACCUUUCCGCUCGUUGAUCAUAAGAACAAUAUAGGAAGAUGAGACUAUUAUUAAGUCGAAAUAAGUUAAUGAUGUAUUCGGGCGGCAUUUUUUUAUUUGGAAUCAUUUUUGGUUGGGUUCUAUUCCCAAGGAUUUUGAGUUUCAUGCUUAAAAAGCAAAUCAAUCUUAAACCGGGAACUGACAUUCGUGAAUUAUGGGAAAGUACACCAUUUCCUCUAGACUUUCUUAUUUAUGUUUUUAACAUCACAAAUCCAGAUGAAGUUAUAUCUGGUGGAAAACCUAACUUACAAGAAAUUGGACCAUAUUACUUUGAAGAAUGGAAAGAUAAAUACGAUUUGGAUGAUGAUGUUGUUGAAGACUCAGUUACCUACCACAUGAGGAACAAAUUCAUAUUCCGACCAGAUUUGUCAAAUGGAUUGACAGGAGAAGAAUUUAUAGCAGUUCCCCAUCCAUUGAUUCAAUCAAUUGCUAUUGUUGUACAACGCGACCGUGCAGCAAUGCUUGAUCUUGUUGCGAAAGCAAUUAAAAUUGUUUUUCCCAAUCAAUCAGCUAUUCUCAAAAUUAAGUUCAUGGACCUUUUUUUUCGGGGCUUUUAUAUCGACUGUUCAUCGGAAGAAUUCGCUUCUAAGGCUCUUUGUACUGCCUUUUAUACUGGGGAAGUCAAACAAGCCAAACAAGUCAACGACACGCAUUUUCUAUUUUCGUUCUUGGGAGGAGCAAAUUACAGUGACGCAGGCCGUUUUACAGUUUGUCGCGGUGUAAAAAACGUACAUAAACUAGGCAAAGUUAUCCGUUUUGCAGAUGAACCUGAAUUGGACACUUGGGCUGGAGACGAAUGUAAUCAAUUCAUUGGAACUGAUUCCACGGUUUUUCCACCAUUUAUGUCAAAAGAAGCCGGUCUCUGGGCUUUCACACCGGAUCUCUGUAGAUCUCUUGGAGCUGUUUAUCAUUCCAAGUCAAAAUAUGCUGGAUUGCCAGCAGUAAGGUACUUUUUGGAUUUGGGCGACAUUAAGGCUGAUCCAAAUCUUCAUUGCUUUUGUGAUGAUCCUGAAGAUAUUGAUACGUGUCCUUUAAAAGGAACAAUGAGUUUAUUUGCUUGCGUCGGAGGUCCACUUAUAGCAUCAAUGCCACACUUUUUUCAUGGAGAUCCAAGUCUACUUGAAAAUGUUAAUGGGCUUAGCCCAAAUGAGGAGGACCACGCAGUUUUCAUUGAUUUUGAGAUUACGUCUGGGACACCAUUUCAGGCAGCAAAACGAUUGCAGUUCAAUUUAGAUGUUGAGCCAGUACCAAAAAUCGAGCCCAUGAAAGAUGUCAAAGAACUGGUUAUGCCAUUGUUUUGGGUACAAGAAAGUGUAGCUUUGAAUAAGACUUUUACCAAUAUGUUGAAGUACACUCUUUUUCUUGGUUUAAAAAUUAACUCUGCAAUACGUUGGACAAGUCUUAGUUUUGGAUUUCUUGGUUUAAUAUUUAGUGGUUAUCAUUUCUAUAAAAAGUCUGAGAGCAUCGAUAUAACAUUGCCAGUUAAAACUACUCCGGAAACCACAACUGUCGUACCUAUUAAACAAGUCCAACAAGAAAAUCCUCUUUCGGAAGUUAAAAAUGUCGAAGACAAAAAAUUUUAGCCUUUGAGUGUUAUAAAUACAAUGCAAUACUAUGUAUUAUUUAUACUUAUUGCACACUUAACGUUUUAAGUAAAAGUUCACUUUUCAAUAAAAUUUAUUCUAGGUUCAAAACAAGUCUAAAACAAAUAAAAUUAGUUUAAAAACGUAAA